UUGUAAACCUGUUAAACCUUCCUAAAUAAAUAGUUAGAGAAGAUUGUGAGUGGCCGAGGAGGGAACAUCUGUCCCUACAGUGGCGCUGCUAUCAAAGGGCCUGGGAGAAGCUCUGUUCAGCACCUUGGAGUCUACAGGCAGAAGGAGACUCGCAGCACUUGGAACCCUGUACCUGGAAGCACAGCACUGUUCCUCGCAUGCAGAAAAGGAAAUUGGAACGAAUGUGGAUUUGUCCCUAUUCCACAGCUAGCAUGGAAGAGUGCAUCAAAGGGUAGAGCACAAGUCAGAGGUGCAGGGAUCCCAAACUCACAAGACUCAACGCUCUUGUCAACCCAUGCCACCUACCUGCAGAAAUCAAGAAAGCUUCCAACACAUCCAUCUCCAGACAGGAGUGCACCUCCUUUCCUGCAAGAAGGUUGGUGGUGAUUGGACGUCUAACAUAGUGAAUGCCAGUGAAAAUGAGGCUCUGAUUCCACCAAGAUUUAUGCAAAUACUCAAUAUGGGAAGUUUUGGCAGGAUCUGGGUCUUCACUUGUAAGCUCUCCAAAGCACAGACUAUCUCAACAGCUGCCAAAUUUGGUACCGCUCCAUGUGCAACAUUUUAUAAAAAUGGGAUCAUGAGUGAGAAGGAGGCGGAGAGCCCUCUGCAGGGAGGUCCUGAGGAAGAGGGUAGACCCAAAGGGAACAUCCCCCAGGAAGUUGGCUCAGACAGUCCUGGCGGGUCGGAGUUGCUGGGGGGAAACAACAGAGAGCAGCAGCCCCUGGGCAGAUCCCCGCUCUGGGGGAGAGGGCUCCAAUUCAAAGAGAAACGCUACAACUGCACUGACUGUAACAAGAGCUUCAGCCAGAGCUCCCACCUCAUCCGGCACCAGGGCACCCACACUGGCGAGCGCCCCUACAAGUGCUCUGACUGUGGGAAGAGCUUCACCCAGAACUCCAACCUCGCCCAGCACCAGCGGGUGCACACAGGCGAGCGCCCCUACCAGUGCCUUGACUGCGACAAAAGCUUCACCCAAAGCUCCCACCUGACGGAGCACCAGCGCGUGCACCAGGGUGUCAAGCCCUACAAGUGCACCAACUGCAACAAGAGCUUCAGCCAGAGCUCCCACCUCCUGCGGCAUCAGGGCACCCACACGGGCGAGCGCCCCUACAAGUGCCCCGACUGCGGGAAGAGCUUCAGCCAGAACUCCAACCUGGUGCAGCACCAGCGCAUCCACACGGGUGAGCGCCCCUACAAGUGCGGAGAGUGCGGGAAGAGCUUCAGCUGGAGCUCCAACCUCAUCGAGCACCAGCGCGUGCACACGGGCGAGCGGCCAGACAAGUGCCCCGACUGCGGGAAGAGCUUCACCCGCAGCUCUGCGCUCAUCCAACACCGGCGCAUCCACAAGGGGCUGAGGCCCUACAAGUGCACACAGUGCGGGAAGAGCUUCAACAAGAGCUCCCACCUCAUCCGGCACCAGGGCACCCAUGCCGCUGGAGAGCUGCCCUGCACGUGCGCCAGUUGUGGGAAGAGCUUCACCCGGAGCAUCCAGCAGAGGCCACGGCCACACCACUGUGCUGAGUGUGAGACACGCUUCUCCCGCAUUGCUGGCAGCCAGCCGCGAGCUGAUGUGGCAGUGAAGCCCUACAAGUGCGGGGAAUGUGGUAGGAGCUUCGGGCGCAGCUCAUAUCUGGUGCAGCACCAGCGUAUCCACACGGGCGACAGACCCUACAAGUGCGGGGACUGCGGGAAGGGCUUCGGGGUCAGUGCCCACCUCACCCGGCACCAGCUCAGCCAUGCAGGUGACCGGCCCUACCGAUGUCCCCAGUGUGGAAAGACCUUUGGGGAGAGCACAAAGCUGUUGAGCCACCGGCUGAGCCAUGCGGGUGAGCGCCCCUACCAGUGCCCUGACUGCAAGAAGAGCUUCUGCAAAAGCUCCCACCUGGUCAGCCACCAGCGCACCCACACUGGAGAGCGGCCCUACCACUGCACCAUCUGUGGCAAGAGCUUCUGCCAGAGCUCCCACCUCAUCCGACACCAGGGCACCCACACGGGGGAGCGCCCCUACAAGUGCUCCGACUGCGAGAAGAGCUUCACCCAGAGCUCCAACCUCGCCCAACACCAGCGCAUCCACACAGGGGAGCGCCCCUACCAAUGCACUGACUGCGGGAAGAGCUUCAGCUGGAGCUCCAACCUCAUAGAGCACCAGAGAACCCACCUAGCACAGAAACCCUGAACAUGGGGCUGGCCAACGUGUCUGUUUGCUGAGAAAGCUCCCAACAUUGCAAUAAACAGCAUGGGGCCAGCAGGACACUUAAUAGGGGGAGAAAUUACUGAGUGUACAAUGCUGAAGACUAGAAACCUUCCCCAGGAGUUAGACUUCACACUGCCAGCCUCGCCUGUUGCAAGAUCCGGGAGAUGAUCCCACUUGCCACAGGAGCUAAGGAACCUGUAAUAAGGCAAGUCUAAGGGGGUCUAACUUAUGCAUUCUUUCAACCUCAUAUGGACAGGCUGUCUACAUAGACACUGGCAGACAGACUGCAGGCCAUUUCAGUCCCAUGGGCAGCUCCCUAGCAUUUGUUCCUUCUUUUUGUCUGUUCUGGCCAGACUCCAUCCCAGGAUUUUAAUUCCUGUUGGACACCUAGAUUCUAUUCCCAUUUUUUAAAAUUUGCUUUUAAUACUAUAUUUCCUGUUGUAUUGCAGUCUCUCCCCAUAUGAAAUAAAACCUGUCCAGCAUA